UUAUGCUCCUAUUGUUGCCCGAGCCCGAAUCUGUUUGACACCACAAAUAUUUAUUGCAACCAUGCCUUCAGAUGCGGCUAAAAAGCGAAAGCAGCAGAAAGCUGCCGCUCAGAAAGUGAAACAACAAGUAACAACUAAGCCAGGAGCAGGUGCAGUCAGUGCGAACGGGGAAGGUCAAGAAGAGUUUCCUGAAAACUGCAACGGGCAUGAAAAUGGGGACGAUAUGAAUGGUCAAUCACCAGAAGGUAAAAAGGCUGAUAACGAUGAUGGCUAUUCUACCCUAAGCACACAAGGCAACCAAGACAGUGAUUUAAGUUCAAAUCUUUCGGAAAAGAUGAAACUCGAUUCAAACAGUCUGAAAGAGUCUGGGCGAUCUGUGACUGGUGUGCUGAGCUCACAUCCAGAAAAUAGAGACCUGAAAAUCAUCCAGUUUUCGAUCAUUUUCCAGGGAAUUGAAAUUAUAAAUGACACUACCUUAGAGUUGAACACUGGCAAUCGGUAUGGGUUCAUGGGAAUGAACGGCUGCGGAAAGUCUACUGUGAUGGAUGUUAUUGGGUGUCGUGAGAUUCCGAUUCCAGACCAUAUGGAUAUUUUCCACUUGACAGCGGAAAUGGAAGCAUCUGAUAAAACUCCUCUGGAGUGUGUGUUGGAAUGCGACGAAGAGAGACUUCGACUGGAGGAUGAAGCAGCUCAUGUCCAGGAGCUGUUGGCUAUCGACGAUGCAGACGCCACUCUAGUUCAAAGAAUGAAUGACAUCUACGAACGUCUUGAGGAACUUGAUGCUGCAAGUGCAGAAACAAAUGCCGCUCGGAUUCUGCAUGGUCUGGGUUUCAAUAAAGCUAUGAUGGCAAAGCAGCUAAAAGAUUUCUCUGGAGGCUGGAGAAUGAGAGUCGCUCUGGCUCGUGCUCUGUUUCUCAAACCGCACAUUCUAUUGUUGGACGAGCCUACCAAUCAUCUGGACCUAGAGGCGUGUGUCUGGCUUGAAGAAGAAUUGAGGAACUACAAAAGAAUUUUACUGCUAGUGUCGCAUUCACAGGAUUUCCUCAAUGGUGUGUGCACCAAUAUGAUUCUUUUGAGAAACAAAAAGCUACUCUACUACGGAGGAAAUUACGACACAUAUAUGCAGACAAGAUGUGAAUUAGAACAAAAUCAAAUGAAGAGAUACAAAAAGGAGCAAGAUCAAAUCUCACACAUGAAGAAUUACGUAGCCAGGUUUGGGCACGGAUCGGCAAAGCUCGCAAGACAAGCUCAGAGCAAAGAGAAAGUACUGAAGAAAAUGGUUGACGGAGGACUGACAGAGAGAAUCCAACUGGACAAGACGAUAUCUUUUUACUUCAAGGAAGUGUCCAAACUACCUCCUCCGGUGCUUCAAGUUCAAAGCGUAUCAUUUCAGUAUAAAGAAGGUCUGCCCUGGAUCUACAGAAAUCUUGACUUUGGACUGGACCUGGAAUCCAGAGUUGCUCUUGUGGGCCCAAACGGUGCUGGAAAAAGUACACUGAUCAAACUCUUGGCAGGUGAAUGCAUCCCAACUGAAGGCCAAGUAAGACGUCACUCACACUUGAAAAUUGGAAGGUAUAAUCAGCACGCCGUGGAAACUUUGGACAUGGAAAUGAGUUCGCUGGACUUUCUGAUGAAAAUGUUUCCCGAGAUCAAGGAACGCGAUGACAUGAGAAAGAUGGUUGGAAGGUAUGGCAUUACUGGAAAGAACCAAUUGUGUCCAAUUAAACAUCUCUCCGAUGGCCAAAGAUGUCGUGUGGCUUUCGCUUACCUGGCAAUGCAAGGACCCCAUAUGUUGAUGUUGGACGAGCCCACGAAUCAUUUGGACAUUGAGACUAUCGAUGCAUUGGCUGAAGCGAUCAAUGAUUUUGAAGGAGGCAUGGUGCUCGUAAGUCACGAUUUCAGACUCAUCUCGCAAGUGGCAGAAGUGAUUUGGGUGUGCGAGAACCAGAAAGUGACAGCCUGGGAAGGUGACAUUUUGUCGUACAAGGAGACGCUCAAGAAACAGAUAUUGGCCGAAAACAAGCGAAUGGCUUUGGGUAAUAAGAGCGCAGAUAAGAAAUGAGAAUUUAAUUUGUUUCUCCGAUGAUUGAACGUUAUUUGUGCAUAAAUUCAAUUUAAUUUCUCAA